ACGAAAUAUUUCAGAAAAUUGGCAAUGGACAUACGGAAUUAUUUUUCCACUAAACCGGGUGUGAAACCUGCUGCAACUGGGACUACCAAACCCAGCGGAAACGCCGCUAGCGACCAAGCAGAGAAGAAGGGUCAUAAGGAUGAGAAGAAGAAAAAGAAGAUGGUGAUAGAUUCCUCAGAUGAAGAAGAUGAGAAGGAUUUUAAAUCAGAGAAAAAGACCGGAAGCGGUUCCAAGAUGAGAAAUAACACCGGUAGUGGGUUUAAGCCGAGCGAAAAGACCGGAAGUGAAUCUAAAACGGGACACACAAAGCUUAAGGAAACUACUGCCGCCGACUUUUUUUCCUCUAAAACUUCAGUUGGUAGGAAGAGUGGAGAUGAUCAGAUUCUUUCGCAAGAAACUUCAUCCAAACAUUCAUCUCUGGAAUCUUCAUCCAAAAAUUCAUCUCUGGAAUCUUCAUUCAAAAAACAUUCCCAGGAAUCUUCAUCCAAAAAACAUUCCCAGGAAUCUUCAUCCAAAAAAACAUCUCAGGAUACUCCGUCCAAAAAAUUAUCUCAGGAAACUCCGUCCAAAAAGCGGAAAGCGGAAGAACAGGCAGAUGCUUUUGCUAAAACCCUUGAAGCCACCUCCUUUUCUCCCCAGAGCACAAAGAAACACCGUCCCGAUUCCUCACCCUCGCUUGCGAACAAACUAGCCUCCAAAAAAGCGCAAGAAACAAUUGAAGUUAGCUCGAAAGACGCAAAGUCCUCCAAAACUCCCUCUAAAAGAUCAAGGUCCAAGACUCCGACUAAGUCGCCCACUGCAAAAAGAUCCAAGUCAAAGACACCCGAGAAGUCAUCUAAAACUCCUAAAAGUUCCUCUAAAACUCCGACACAGAAUAAAAAAUCUUUGGACGAAAGUGUUUCCGAACUUCCUGGGACCCCACAGGAGGAGUGGGAGGCCCGGAAGAAGGUGAAGCAGGUUGCCUAUCAGAAGUUCCUCACCAGGGGUGGAGCUAAGAACCCCGGAAGUAAAGUAGUUCCUGAAGGGUCGCCAGGAUGUAUGGCUGGUCUAGUUUUUGUGUUGACCGGCGUCUACGACAGCCUGGAAAGAGAGUUGAUGGAAGAAUAUCAGUAUCUGAUGUAUCACCAGGUUAUUUUUCCGGGCUUCGCGCUCACGGAGUUCGUCAAAUACGACGUCAUUAUUGCUUUCAACACUACAGAAAUCAUCUAUCUUCUUUUCCGCUCGACUCAGUCUCCUAUCCUGGUUGCUGAUCUCCUCCUUGUUCACAUCAAUAUCCUCCCUCAUGUCUUUAACUUUCAGGUUACUCAGAGUGUAAGUAGGAAUACAAGUUAUCUAGUAGUUGGGGACCAGGCCGGAGAAAGUAAGCUUGAGAAGGGACGAAACCUUGGGACAAAAACAUUGUCCGAAGACGAAUUCCUGAACCUUAUCCUGGAGCGACGGGACCCGAAGCUAAUGAAGGAGAAGGAGAAUAAAACCCCCUCCCCCGAGGCUAAACGAGAAAUUAAGACCGAGAUUAUCAAAGAGAAAAUCCCUAAGAUAGAGAAGGUUGUAAAGGAUGAAGUGUUGAGUCCGAAGAAACAAACAGUUACCCCUGGAACUAAAAUUAAAUCUGAAGAUAAGGAAUUGAAGUUGACUGUACCGAAAAUAAAGGCAGAGGAACCAACCAAGUCUAAGGACCCUAAAGCGGAAGUAGCUUGGUCCUCGAGUUCUCACGAAACCCAGCUCUUUGUCGAGAAAUAUAAACCAACAGCUUGCAAGAAUGUUAUUGGUCAACAAGGAGAUAGAUCCAAUAUGGCGAAACUACGAAUCUGGCUGCAAGACUGGAACAAAAACCAUCUUCACAGGCAUGGUAAAGGGGCUGCUAAGCCUGCUCCCUGGGGAGCCGCUAAUGACAAUGGAGCCUGGGCUAAAUGUGCCCUGCUGUCAGGUCCACCUGGAGUAGGGAAGACGACAACUGCAUACCUCGUAGCUCAGGAACUAGGGUAUGACAUAGUUGAGUACAAUGCUAGUGAUACUAGGAGCAAACGACUUCUUCAGGAAAAUGUGUCCAACACAUUGAACACUACUUCAGUAUCCUCCCUUCUUCAUCAUGAUAAUAAGGUGACCUCUAAACGAGUCCUCCUUAUGGAUGAAGUGGAUGGGAUGGCAGGGAAUGAGGAUCGUGGAGGGAUCGCAGAGUUGAUCGCUCUUCUAAAAACAGCAAAAGUGCCAGUGAUAGCCAUGUGUAAUGACAGAAAUCAUCAGAAGAUAAGAAGCCUUGCAAACCAUUGUUUUGAUCUUAGGUUCCAGCGGCCACGUGUUGAGCAGAUUAAAGCCGCAAUGCUCUCUGUCUGCUUUAAGGAAAAGAUAAAGAUAAAACCAGAUGCCCUGCAAGAACUAAUUAUUGGAUGUGGACAAGAUAUCCGUCAGGUUCUUCAUCAUUUAUCCAUGAUAAAAGCUGGAGAACAUGAUGAGAAGAUGGAUGCUGCCACAGCUAAGAAGGAAGCAGACAUGUCCAAGAAAACUUCUGUCAAGAUGGGUCCCUGGGAUGUUUGUAAAAAGGUAUUUAGUGCCGAGGAUCAUAAGAUGGUGUUUUGUUAGGUAUUUAGUGCAGAGGAUCAUAAGACUAUACUAUGUUCUGCCACUGGUGGGAACAAGCGAAAGACCAUGGAAUUGAUCUCUAGGACUGCCAGCUCUCUGGCUGAAGGAGAUAUUGUUGAACGAGGUAUAAGAUCUGGAAUGAAUUGGUCUCUACUCCCUACUGCGGCAAUCUUCAACUCCGUCCUACCUGGGGAGUAUAUGUCAGGAUUCCUGCAUGGACAGAUACAGUUUCCCUCGUGGCUGGGGAAAAACAGCCGACGAAACAAGAUGGAUCGAAUUCUUCAGGAGUUACAGAUGCACACCAGACUGACCUGCGGAGUGAAUAAAACGGCAUUUAAUCUGGACUACAGUCAACCUUUGAGGGAUUUUAUAACACGGCCUUUGAGAAGUGAAGGCAGCGAGGGGGUAGAUGCUGCUGUUCAGAAUAUGGAAACCUAUGCUCUUCUUAGAGAGGACCUGGAUGGACUAAUAGAAGUGACCCAGUGGCCAGAUAGACCUGAUAUACUCAAACACGUGGAGAGUAAAACUAAAGCUGCUUUCACCAGGAAAUACAACAAGGACAACGCUAUGCUUCCCUACUCCGUAGUUCAGAACGUUAAAAAGAAGGCAAAGGAGUCAACAGAUGGAAUUGGAGAUGAGGAUGAUGGAGAGGAUGAGGAUGAGGCUGAAGAUGAUAGUAUUGAAGCUGAUGCUAUGAUCAAGAUCAAGAAACCAACCAAAGGCAAGAAGGAUGAAGACAAGGGAAAGAAGGACGAGGACAAAGGAAAGAAAGGAUCCGCCAAGGCUAGCAAGGCUCCAAAGGGCAAAGGCAAAGGGAAAUAAGUAUAUCCUCCAUCUACAAAAUGUAAAGUUCAGCUUACAGCUAAUUUCACAUUCACAUGUUCUCAAUAUCGUACGAAUCUAAAUCUUUUGUUAAUAAUGUAUUAUUUUAAUCAUUUUUACGCAUAAGUUGGAGAGUUCAAGAUUUCAAUAGUGUCAUCAAAGCUUAAGUUAACAGAAAAUAUUUCGUUAUUUUUGCUAAUGUGAAUUUUCCUUGGUUAUGUAAUAUUCCAGUGAGACCUGAAUAAAACGCUUUUUAUCUGUA